AUGGUCUUUAAAGAUUCCAAAUACACAAAAGGUUUAAAGUCAUCCUUUUUAGUGUAUUUGUUGGUUCUGUUGUUUUUAUCCCCCAUUCCAGUAAAAUCUCAAUCGUCACCAUGUAAAGGUCCGGAUUCAGAUCCAAGCCUUCAAAAAUGGAGUAGUAGAUCGACAUGGGGAGGCAAUCUUCCAGGUAAUGGUGAUUUUGUACAAAUAAAAACCGGCAUGAAAGUAUUGUUGGAUAUCAUCACACCCAACCUAACCCAAGUGUGGAUCCAAUCGGGUGCCCAACUUGUAUUUUCCUCUGCAAAUCCUGUCGAACUAAUUACUGGUGGUAUUCUAAUCGAAGGAAGAAUGGAUAUUGGUGAUGAUCGAUGUAGAUUCAAUGGUUCUGCAACCAUUACUCUAAUUGGAUCAGAUAAUGAAGGAUAUUCUGAAGCAAAAUAUGAUAUGUUAAAAAAAUAUAUUGGUGUUUUGCCAGGUGGUAGAUUAGAGUUACAUGGUAUUAUGAGUUAUCCAAUUCCAAGUUGGCUAUUUUUAACAAAGACAAUUAAGCCUGGAGAUAGAUUGUUGAACUUGAAUGCCGAUGCCUCUAAAUGGCCAGUUGGAUCGAAAAUUGCUAUUGGUGCAACCGAUUUCGAUUACACUCAAUCCGAAGAGAAUGAGAUUAUGGCGUGCGCAAACUGCUCCUCCAAUCAAAUUCUGCUGAAGCAACCGGUGCAGUGGUAUCACUAUGGUGAGAUUACCUAUGGAAUCGACGAACGUGCUGAAGUCGGUUUGCUCUCGAAAACUAUAAAGAUUCAAGGUAGAAUGUCCGACACCUGCAAUGGAGGCUCCCUCUGUCAGUUCUUUAAUUUCGAUACUCUGGGCGGUCACAUCAAGGUCAUUCAAAACUUUAGCUCCGUUCACAUCCAAGGUGUUGAACUCUACAAGAUGGGUCAAACCUACAAUCUUGGAUACUAUCCAAUUCAUUUCCAUAUGUGUGGUGACGUUGAUACUGGUGUCUAUGCUUCUUGGCCAACCUUUGUCAAAGACAAUUCCAUUCAUCAUACACUCUCACGUUGUCUUACCAUUCAUGGAACCAGUGGUCUUAUCGCAGUCAACAACUUUGCAUUCGACCACAUUGGACAUUGCUAUUUCUUUGAGGAUGGCUCUGAACAAAGAAACUACCUAGACUCCAACGUUGGUCUGCUUACGAGAACUGGAUACCUACUUCCAUCCGAUAGAGAUUGCGAUCUAUGUUUAUACCUAACACCAAAAGAUUUCAAUGGAAAUCCAACUUCUUGCAGUGAAUGUAAAGCAACCGCAACUUUCUGGGUAACCAAUCCAAACAAUGUUUUGAGAAACAACAUUGCUGGUGGUAGUGCUUUUGUUGGUUUUUGGUAUCUAUUCCCUCCACAUCCAUCUGGAUUAUCACAACCAUUAUAUCCAUAUAUAUCACCAUCCUAUACAACCAUUGGAACAUUCUACAAUAACAAAGCUCACUCCAAUGCAGACACUGGAAUGAAUGUAGAUCAAAGUCAUCAAGUGGUUCAACCAAGUGCCGCCAAUCCAAAUCAAUAUAUGAGUAUGACAUACGCUCGUUAUAAACCUCGUGUAAACCCAUUGGAUCAAGACUCUGCCAUUGCACCAGCAUACUUUUAUCGAUUUGUAUCCUACAAGAACAAAUGGAGAGGACUAUGGGCUCGUGGUGGUGAACUGUUCUUCAUUGACUGUCAGUUUGCCGAUAACGCUAUCAGUGCUACUCUGGCACAGGAAGGUGUGAUGCCUGCGGAUCCCGGUAGCUCUCAGAAUAUGAUAGGCAGUUUGUUCGUCGCAGAGUCUGGCAAUCUCGGAAUGAGUUACAACGGAAUCAACAUGUACAAAGGUAGAACCAUCGCUGCUUGGCAAGAGUUCACCCAACGUGGAAUCGAGCUAUACGACGGUCCUAUCAACUGCGCUUGGUCAACGUUUAUCAAUUUCAACUCGGACGGUGUCAGAAACAUGUCUGCCAUCGGAUGGGUACUCUACGACGACUGUCGUGGAACAUGA